UUUUUUUUUUUUUUUUUUUUCUUCUAUAGCAGGGUCUCCAUACUUCUCUAUCUCCCUCGGUGUUCAGUGGGUGAGAGGGGGGAGACGAGCUACACGCAGAGGAGAAUCCGGGCGUGCGCCUCCGUCAUCAUCAUUAUCAUCAUCCUGCUUGCCAUCCCUCUUUCCAUCACAGCGCCGGUUCUGGAACAGCCCACUUCGGUCCUGGAGACGCCCGAAUCUGCAGCAGCAGCGGCAGCAGCGCGAUCUGCGUUCUUCCCCCCCAGCCUUUUAUCUGAAUGACGGGCGGAAGGUUUGACUUCGACGACGGUGGCACUUACUGCGGGGGGUGGGAGGAUGGCAAAGCCCACGGGCACGGCAUCUGCACCGGACCCAAGGGCCAGGGCGAAUACGCCGGGUCCUGGUCGCACGGCUUCGAGAUCGUAGGGGUGUACACCUGGCCCAGCGGGAAUACCUACAAGGGCUACUGGUCCCAGGGGAAGAGGCACGGGCUCGGAGUGGAGAAUAAAGGCAGGUGGAUCUACCGAGGAGAGUGGAGUCACGGCUUUAAGGGUCGCUAUGGGGUCCGGCAAAGCCACAACACACCUGCUAGAUACGAGGGGACCUGGAGUAACGGGCUUCAAGAUGGAUAUGGGGUGGAAACCUACGGCGAUGGCGGAACCUAUCAAGGCCAGUGGAUGGGGGGGAUGCGUCACGGUUAUGGUGUCCGUCAGAGUGUUCCCUAUGGCAUGGCCACCGUCAUCCGCUCCCCGCUUCGUACCUCCAUGGCCUCCUUGCGCUCCGAGCAGAGCAACGGUGCAGUUCUCCAUGACCUCUCCUCCCCUGUGGACACACCAACAGGAACCCGUGGCGGCUUUGUCCUCAACUUCCACUCAGACAGUGAGGUUGUCACCGGGAAGAAGAAAGGCCUUUUCCGCCGGGGAUCUCUUUUCGGCAGCCUCCGGCAGUUGCGCAAGUCUGACUCUCGGACCUCUAUCUCCAGCAAACGCAGCUCAGCAAGAAGUGACGCCACCAUGAGCCGAAUCAGUUCAAGUGAUGCAAACUCCACCAUAUCCAUCGGUGACGGUGAGCUGCCAGACGAGGACCUACUUCUGGAGGACCAUGUUGACGCAACCACAACUGAGACCUACAUGGGCGAGUGGAAGAACGACAAGCGGAAUGGAUUUGGUGUUUCAGAGAGAUCCAAUGGGAUGAAAUAUGAAGGAGAAUGGCUUAACAACAAGCGCCAUGGCUACGGGUGCACUGUUUUCCCAGACGCCACCAAAGAAGAAGGGAAGUACAAAAAUAACGUUCUGGUGCGUGGAAUAAGAAAGCAGUUGAUUCCUCUUAAGAAUCCCAAAACCAAAGAGAAGGUUGAUCGGGCUGUGGAGGGGGCGCAGAGAGCUGCAGCCAUUGCGAGGAGUAAAGUGGAGAUAGCUGCUUCCAGGACGGCCCACGCCAGGACAAAAAGCGAGGCUGCAGAACAAGCCGCCAUCUCUGCCGUGCAUGAAUCAGAAAUUGCCAGGGCGGUCGCCAGGGAGCUUUCCCCCAACUUUUACCAGCCAGGACCGGAUUACAUAAAACAACAGUUAAAAGAACCAGUAGAAAUUAAAGAGGUCCCUGUUGAGAAGAAGGAAGAAUCUCCACAUGAUUCUCCUCAUUUCUACCGCAAAGGCACAACUCCGCCUCAUUCUCCUGUGGCUAGUCCUGCAGCAACUCCUCCGCCCUCACCUGAGACUAGCAAAAGCUCUGGCCAGAUUGGUAACAGCAUCAGCCACAAACCUAGCAAAGAGGAAAAACCCUCCCGAAAGAUAAGCAAAGAAGAAAAACCCUCCCGAAAGAUAAGCAAAGAAGAAAAAUCUAGUUUUAAGGCCAUCAAGGAUGAGCGACCUAGCAGGAAGCUGAGCAAAGAAGAGAGGUUGUCCUUCACUGAUGGGCCCAAGUCUUCUCAUGUAAACAUUGAGGCUCCACCUAAACCAUCUAAAGCUCAGCCAACAACCCCAGCAUCUGUGCCUCCUUCCCAGCCACCAACUGUUCCAGUCAAUGGCCAGCUGCACUCAGAGUACCACAGUUACUAUGUCAAGGCCACUCCCCGGGGCCCUCCACCCCCUGAACCUGAGGAAGUAGAAGAAGAACCUAGUGUCCAGGAUCUUGCACGUUUACCCCCACAACCUAGGUCAUUUAGCACCCCCACCCCUACUCCUAAGCCCCCUUCCAUUCGGGAAAGCAAGAGUGACCCAAAACUCAGGAAGCAAGAUUCCCUAAAACCAAAGAGCCUUGCAGACACAAAGAAAGCAAGUAUGGAGAUUGCUGAAAGCACAGAAGAAACAGGUCCUAACUCCAUCCUUGUUGCUAUGGUAAUGCUGUUGAAUAUUGGCCUUGCAAUUAUAUUUGUCCACUUUCUGACAUGAUCAUGCUGUUUCUAUGUGAAACCAUGGCAACUGAUACAGUUGCAUUGCCGGCCUUGAAAAGUGAAAAUGGCGCCAGUGAGAAACGGGGGCGGCCGGAGGUGUUUAGGAAUCAGCAUGACACCGAAGAGAAUCAGGAGAUGGGCAUCACUACUAUCAACUUGUCUUUGGCCUUCUUUAGGACCAGCCCUGUCAAUUAGCACUCCUUUGGCUUCUGUUAUAGCAGAAGUGAAAUGUUAUGUCUAGUGAGUUUAAAAAAAAAAAGAAAAAAAGUAAAAAUAAACCAAACAUACAAAGUAUGAAAAAAAAAAGAUGUUAUUGAAACCUACAUGCGUGCUGACCCAAGCUCAGGUCUCUGUAGCCCACUCUCACUGCCUUGGCAGUGAUAGCAGUGGGCUGACGGACCUUGCUGGACGAGUGUGGAGAUGCACUUUUAGUUGACGGGAGCAAACAGCUGCCUUUCUAUUUUGCCAUCUGACGUUUUGAUGGGGAGAUGUGAGCCCUAGCCCAGGGUGGCCAAGAGAGCGAGCAAGAGAGAGAGAGAGAGAGAAACAGACAGACAGACAGACAGACAGAAGUGAGGAUAGUGUGGCAGAGGGGGGGCUUGGGGCUCGGGUGUUUGAAGGGUUUUACUGGGGUUCAAGCCACUCUUGCAAGCGCAAACCACGCAUGACCGUUUGCCAGCAGUCAGUGCUUGCACGGUCACUAGCCAGUCUUACUCUGUUAACCCAAACAUCCCUGCAGCUUUUCUCAAGCUCCGUCCAUUGUAAUCCAGGAUACACUGCUUUUGAAACACUCCCCCCUGCAUGGUACAGUUUAAAAACUUUUUGUUUGUUGUUCUUCUGUAGCUUUUCGUUCACUGUUGUCCUCCAAAUGUUGGUUACCUGCAUCUUAUGCUUCUAGAAAUCUUGUCAGAGAAUGAGUAAAACAAUAACUUUUCCUGUUUUAUUUUCAUUUUACUCAUUUCUAAUAACUGAGCUGUAAUUUGACAUUACACAUCCAUGUUACUGAAAGUGCAAUAUCUUUAUUUUUUUUUCAAAGGCUUAUAAUCUAUUUAGCCAGAGAUAGUGUUCUGCUAUUUUAAUAAACAUCAAUUUUUAUUUGUCAGACGUAGGUAAUUUGAAUAGCCUGGUUUGUUGAAAUACGGCGUUCAUUAAUGGCAGGAAUUGUGAAGAUGAACUUGAUUUAUUCUUGAAAAGGCAGAUAGUCCUGUGAGAGUGAAGUAACAAAUGUCUUAUAUUAUUUAUGAAAUGAUAAAAGAAUAUAUUUUAUUGUUCAUGCCUACCCCCUUCUGCUUUAUUGAAGUUCAUAAUUACACUGUUUCACACCACACUGAAGAUGCAAAACUGCAGCUCCUCAAAGCUGCUUGGGUAAAAAGGCCCAGCCUUGCAUGUGUAUGAGACUGGAUUUCGUGGACAGUUGAGGUUUAUUCAGGUUUAGACCAUGGGGAAUGUGGAUCCAGGGAGAAGAAGAUAUGCCUUUAGAAGUCUUUAACAGUGCUACUGUUUACCUCAAAAGAUAUGAGGAAGGGAGGGAAGGGAAAUAGAUGCCAUCCUUGUCUUAACUCUGUUUUAAGGGGAGGAGGGGGUUGACUGCUGUCAUCACCUCAGCCAUGCUUUUGACUUGCUUCAUCCUAGCUGCUUGUAGUUUUUGUUGAGGGUAUGGCAUGAAUUUCUUUGAUUCCCAAAGUGGUUAUUUAUAUGGUGGACGUUUUAGUGUCAACUCUACCAAGAUGAAUUAUUUAUUCAUUGUACAACUGAUGUGUUUGUUAAAACAUUGGUCAUUG